CGUCCUCGCAAACCUCUCCUAUCUGGCUUUCUCCAUCGCCUGGUUUCUCCCGAAACCAUAGCCUACCUUACCCUUCCCGCUCCUCCCGUGCUCGAAACCCCCGCGGCACAGUCGCGAUUAGAGAUAGCCGGGAAGGGAACAUCGGAAUCGAGGCGUACGAAGAUAUCUAAAAUUCCCGUAUGUCUCCGCUUUCCAAUCCGCUCUUAGCCGACAAACCCUAGUAUUUCUCUUCCUUCAUCUCAGCAACCUUUGCGUGCUUUUAAACUACCAUAAAUCCCGUAAAUAUAUAGCUUCCAACGGGAUCUACCAGACCAGGGAUUUAAUACGAAACGAAUGAUUUCGUCGAUUCGAUGCUUCCGGUCUUCUUCCGACGCGUUACCUGCUGAUCGAUCGGCUUGAGGAUAUUGUUUGUGGGACUAUUGAGUUGUCGGAUGCGAUGGCGUUUUGAAGGACCCUGUGCCGUGCCCUAGAUCAUGCGAUCGAUUGAAUCGGUGCACGAGGGUUUCAGAUCGUGGAGCUGCCGUUUGUUUUGACUCUGCGAGAGUUUCCAAUCUGCUGUACCGGGGAGAUCAACUUUUGAUCCUGGAGUUUUGUGACCCUUUCCAGGCGUUUGCUGUUGUUCUCUACCUGGAAGUUGUCCUGAUCUGUGGAUUUUGUAGCUGGCUGCUGGAUUUCUGUUUUCUGUUCGGUUGUUCUGGAUAAAAGGAUUGCUUGAGGAGCUACUUACUUCCUUAAGUUUUUUGGCUGCUAUAUUUGAAGAAGAGUUUGUGCCCUGCAGCGAAAGAAUAGAAAAAAGAUCAUAUUAUUUUGUAUUGGAAUUUUUGUUUUUGUUGUUCUUGCCUAAUAUUGGGCCUUUUUAUAAUUUUGAUGGCCUUUUAUUUGCUUUGCAAAUCAUUUUGAGGCAAUUUUGUCCUGUUUGGUAGACCAAUUUGCUCUUAGAUAAGGGGAAAACUCAUUGAAAAGAAUAUGGCUGUGUACUACAAGUUUAAAAGUGCAAAAGAUUAUGAUUCUAUCUCCAUAGAGGGACAAUUCAUAUCUGUUUCAAAUCUGAAAGAAAGAAUUUUUGAAUCCAAGCAUUUGGGAAGGGGUACUGAUUUCGAUCUGAUGGUUUCAAAUGCUCAGACUGAUGAAGAAUAUGUAGACGAAGCUGCGAUGAUUCCUAAAAAUACAUCGGUACUGAUACGCCGAGUACCAGGGCGCCCUCGUAUACCUAUUGUUACCGAGAGAGACGAGCCCACAAUUGUAGAGGAUAAAAUAGAACAUACUCUACCCUCUAAUAGCUUGAUGCUUGGCGAUUCAUCUACAGUGAAAUAUCCUGAUGAAUCUGAAUGGGAUGAAUUUGGAAAUGACUUGUACAGUGUUCCUGAUGUCCAUCCUCCUCAGUCAAGUGCUGCACUUUUCGAUGUUUCUCCUGUGAAUAAAGUUGAUGAAGAGAGCAAGAUUAAAGCUUUAGUUGAUACACCUGCACUUGAUUGGAAUCGCCAAGGACAUGAUUCAUAUGGUGCUGGCAGAGGAUUUGGUAGGGGAAUGGGUGGAAGGAUGAUGGCCGGCCGUGGCUUUGGACGAGGUAUAUUGGAGAAGAAGACGCCUCCUACUGGUUACAUCUGCCAUAGGUGCAAAGUUCCCGGUCAUUUUAUCCAGCAUUGCCCCACAAAUGGUGACCCGAAUUAUGAUAUCAAAAGGGUGAAGCCACCUACCGGGAUUCCAAGAUCCAUGUUAAUGGCAACUCCAGAUGGAUCUUAUGCACUGCCAAGUGGCGCUGUUGCUGUCUUGAAGCCAAACGAAGCUGCAUUCGAGAAAGAGAUUGAGGGAUUACCUUCCACCCGAUCUAUUAGUGAUCUUCCGCCUGAAUUGCGUUGUCCAUUGUGUAAAGAAGUAAUGAAGGAUGCUGUAUUAACCAGCAAAUGUUGUUUCAAGAGUUUCUGUGACAAGUGUAUCCGCGACUACAUCAUAACCAACUCAAAGUGUGUCUGUGGGGCAACUAAUAUAUUAGCUGAUGACCUCCUUCCCAAUAAAACGCUUAGAGAGACUAUCAGCCGUAUAUUGGAGACAACCACAAGUAGUACAGAGAAUGCUGGAAGCUUGGUACAGGUGCAAGAUAUGGAAUCUGCUCGCCAUGUACAACCCAGAGUUCCAUCUCCGACUCUUUCUGCUACCACUAAGGAUGAACCCAGGCAGCCUCCUCUAUUAGACCAAACCGCUUAUAGCAAGGAAGUUGAGGGUGCCAGUGAGUUGAAGGCUGAUAAUGUUGCUCCAAAUAUUGUAGAUAAGAAGUCAGAGAAAACAAUGGAUCAAGCUGAAGCUACACCUGAUUCGACAAAUGCAAAAGAAAUAGCAUAUACAGAAGCUAUUCCUAUUCCAGAAGAGGCUCAAGAAAAGGUGCUUCUCGGUGAUCAAGGAAAGAAGAAGAAGAAGAAGAAAACUCGAAUUGCCACUAUGGGUGGUGACAUGCAAUGGAGGGGCUUUCAAGAUUUUGGGAUGGAGAACUUCACUGGCAUGCCUAUGGGUCCUUCGGCCUACAAUCCUUAUUGGGGCAAUGGGAUGCCAAUUGGAAUGGAUGGAUUCAUGCCACAUUUAGCUGCUUCGAUGCCAUAUAUGGGUUAUGCUCCUACUCCCUUUGAUGUUCCUUUUGGGGGAAUCUUACCGCAUGAUCCAUAUGCAGCACAGGGCUACAUGAUGCCUGGCUUUCCUCAGAGGGAUCUUGCUGAGCUAGGGAUGAAUGGAUUUGCCAUGAAUCAAGGUCCUCCACUUAUGAGCCGUGAGGGGUAUGAAGCUAGGAAAGCUGAAAUGAGGAGAAAGCGUGAAAUGGAUCGAGCGGAGAGAUUAGGUGAAAGAUAUGAUGUUGGUGGCAGGAGAGAGAAAAUGGCUUUGGGAAAGGAGAGCAACAGCAAUGUUGAAGCUGCUCCCUUGCUGAAGAAGAAGGCUAAGCCUAGAUUGAGAUCAGAGGCAGCCAGCAUCGACCGGCUCGACCGGGAUGAUAGACCGGAGAAGCAGACAAACAUGGACCACAUGGACCGUGAAGAGAAAAUCGUCCGAAAACGCGCCCGCCGGCGAGCCGUCGGCCGGCGGCGAUGUUCCUUCCAAGCCGGAGCGGAAGCAGAAGGGCAGCGUGUUCUCUCGAAUCAGCUUUCCGGCGGAGGCCGGCAGGCGGAUAGAGGAGGAGCCGGUAAGCGGAAGAAGACCUCGCCGGAACCCCCCAACGGCUUAAAGGAUCAGCAUGAACGGGAAAGAGACCGGCCGAUCGCCAACGGUUACCCUAGUUCAUCGGCCGGCCGAAGGAGCGGCGGAGGAGGAUACGAGCAUGAGUCGAGCGAUGAGGAGCGGCACUUCAAGCGGAGGUCGUCGGCGCGGCGGGAGUCGGAGGAGGAAGAAGCCGCCGCCCGGGGGCCGCUUAAUAGUAGGGGGGUAUCGAGGGAGCGUGAUCACCGCGUGAACGAUGUCAAGCGUAGAUGAGAUCGUGGCCGUACGUCGUUGAUCGGACGUACGGAAAGACGACGUCUGGCCCCGUUUCGGAGGUCUCUUAUAUUGGGAUGAGUUGAGAUGGAAUUUCUGUUAGAUAGGUGUUUGUGACUUUAAAAAAAUCUAUUGCGAGUUUUAGUUUGAAAUGUAAAAUAAAAUUGGAGUUAUUAAACUGUUGUGUAAUGAAUUUUUCUUGUUUUUUU